UUGAACUGACUGUUGUACCAAAUCUUGACUGUCAUUGCAUUUAAGCUGCCAUCAUAUAUUGAUAUUAUAUUUACUUGAGCGUCCAUUUCAUUCAUAACCUAACAAAUUCCAACAAUGAUUGCUUCUACUUAUUUGUUCACCAUUUUUGCUGCGUUUGCCAUGACUGCAUCUGCAGCAGACUCAACCCAGUCCUCAGCUCCAUCCCAGUCUCCACCAGUGGCUAUUACAGGAAUGGGUGUUGCUGGAGCGUGCAAGGAUGACUCGUCGUGUGAAGAAGGUCUCAAAUGCAAUCGCCUCAGUACUCAAGAUCCAAGCAGUGAUGGCGUUUGCACUGUUUCAGAUGGAAAGGUUGUUGAAUUGGGUGCCAAAUGUGGCGGAUUCAUGCGUUCAGCCCCACAGUGUGCCAACGGACUCACUUGCAAACUUGGUCCAGUCUCUGAUGGAGGUGGUGUCUGUGAAGCAGGCACAUCCACUACUCCUGGCAAUGGAACUGUCCCCAAUGCUCCUAGUGGAAACAGCACUGCUUCUGCGCCAAGUUCUUUGGUCAGCACUCCUGUAGGCAUUCAUCCUUCCUCCGCUCUUGUGAAUCAAUCUUCUACUGCUGACUCCGCUGCUCCUGCUGGCUCCACCGCUUCUGCCACUCAUGCCGCUUCUGAGUCCUCUUAUCCCGGCCCAUCCUCCGUUCCUUCUUCUCACUCUUCCAAUUCCAACCAAACAGACGCAUACCUUUCGGCAGGUGUCUUGGUUGGAUCAAACGCAGCCGUUCAUGCCUUUGGCGCACUCUGUGUUUCACUUGUGUUUAUGUUUUUGUAAACCCACUGAAAUGACGUCUCCAAGCUUCAAUUGUUUAUUUCUUUUGAUGGCAUGUCUGGUGCCUUUGUAAAAACAAGCUUGUUGAUUAUGUAUCUAAAACUCUCAUGUCUUGUUCUAUGAGAGAAUAAUGGACAAAUUCUUACCGUCGUAUUCACGUAAAAUGGAGCAUUGUUCUGCAAUGAUACUUCUGGAAUAAAUAAUAGUUGAAUAUUC